AUGGCCGCCCCGCUCUGCAUGCCCCGCGUUAUUACUUCCAGCUUCCGAGCUGCUGCUGCCCCUCGAUUUUCUCCCUCUUCCAUCCCCAGCUUCGUCAACAAGACUUCUUCGAUCACUUCCCCCUUCCAACAACGAUCAACUCUCAACACUCCUCGCUUCUUCUCAUCAACAUCACCCAUCAUGUCUAAGGUCUUCUUUUCGCUCGAGUGGGAGGGUCCCGUCCUCGACGGCAGCAACAAGCCCACCAAGGAGGUCAAGGUCCAGCAGGGUGUGAUUAACUUCACCCUCUACGACGACGUCGUUCCCAAGACCACCAAGAACUUCAAGGAGCUGUGCACCGGUGCUCAGGGCUUCGGCUACAAGGGCUCUGCCUUCCACCGUGUCAUCCCCGAGUUCAUGCUCCAGGGUGGUGACUUCACCCGUGGCAACGGCACUGGUGGCAAGUCCAUCUACGGCGAGAAGUUCGCCGACGAGAACUUCCAGAUCAAGCACACCCGCCCUGGUCUGCUGUCCAUGGCCAACGCUGGCCCCAACACCAACGGCUCCCAGUUCUUCAUCACCACCGUCGUGACCUCCUGGUUGGACGGCCGCCACGUCGUCUUCGGCGAGGUUGCCGACGACGAGUCCUUCAAGGUCGUCAAGGCCAUUGAGGCUGCUGGUUCCGCCAGCGGUGCCAUCAAGUACGGCAAGAAGCCUACCAUUGUCGACUCUGGCGAGGGUCACCAGUAA